GUGGCUGUGUUGGCUGCCCUGUCAGCAGUUGGCUUCUGUCUUCACAGACGACCAGGAGUAGGUGCACCAGCAGGUCUAGGUGGACAGGGCUUGGAUGCAGGUUCUGGUCUUCAAGAUACGACUGCUGCCCUGGACAAUAAGCAUAAUGCUGAACAACGGGAACGCUAUUAUGCGACUGUCCAUAAACCUGCACAGUUGCAGUCGCCUGGUCUCGAACGCAUACCAGAAUACUCUGAGGAUAUUUACCCAUAUGCAACAUUUCAUCUAGCAGAACAAGAAACCAUGGCAUCAAAUCCACAAAUGCAGAUGCAGCAGGUGUUGGGUUAUAAGAGCCAUCCCAUGAGCAGUAUACAAGGCAAACAGUGUGAUCCUGAUCAUAAUUUAAAAGCAAGAUCUCGGGUGGGGCGAAAAUCUAAGUCUCACAAAUCGGAAAGUGAAGAAUAUGACAGCCUUGGCUCCGACAGCGACACGGAGCAAGGCACUUCCAGCCGUACUGAAUCAUCUAACCAUCUGGAUGAUCCAGGCCCUGGGUCAGGCAGGGCUGGCAUUCACAGACCAGCCCAUCACAAUUUCCUUUACCACACACAAGAAUCAAGUACGUCAACAGAGCCGUCACCAAUUUCUGAACACAGAAUAUUUCCUUGCAACAGCAAACUCAGAAGGUGUACUUCGGAGAUGCUACAAGCAGAUGCAGAAGCUUUGGUUCUGCCACCAAGUGGUUUUGGUGAUGUCCAUACACAUGAACUCAGUGAAGCUGAAUGUGAUAUUGGCAUGGACAUCAACCUGGCUCGAAAGUUCCGUCUUCAUAGCCAUGAUUUUACCAUUGCUGUGUGAGACCCAUUGGCAGGUUGCUGUCCUUGGUUUGAAUUGAACCAGAGAUCUCUAGUUUUGAGUGAGACUGCAUUGGAGCUAACCCGGAUUAUUUUAUGUCUGAUAUCGAGGUCUUAGGAUAUUAUUAAUUUUAUUUGUCUGUUUGAUGACAAUAGUGACUGACUACAACAUCAACAUUUUUAAAGGUUUAAUAUUACAUGUGUGAAUUAGUUUUUGUAGAAUGUGUUUAACAAUAUUUUUCAUCAUUUUAAAUCCAACUUGUUAAGAAAUUGUUAAGUUGCAGCCCUGAUACCAGUGCAAGGCAUAAUAUUAUAUGAGGUGAAGCUUUCGCGGUGACUGAAGUUGUUGAAAGAUUCGUGGGCUGCAAGCCGCAUCAGGUGGCUGAACGGUGGACAAACCAUACCUUCUGCCAACAUUUCAUUCACCAUUCAGCCACCUGACGCGGCUUGUAGCCCGAGAACCUUUCAUCAGGUUAUUAUGUCUUUUCUUAUUCUUUCUCUUUUCUUCUUGUGCAAAUUUUAAGGAGGGGUUUGCAUAGACUGGUUACCCUGGACCCAUGCCCCAUUAGGGAUGGCUCUGUCUUUUACUACACAUGAAGUAAAUUGUUAAGAACAAUAUCUAGUUAUACCACACAAGAGUUCCAUUUCUUUAGAUUAAAAAGCUUAUACACCAUACCAACAAAACAUUUUGAUAUAGUAGGCCCAUGUUCUUGUUUCUCAACAUAAACCUGUAGAAAGAAUUUGUGAUGUAAUUUAAGAAAUCUGACUCCGCCGUAACAAAAGUCGAGGUUUUGCCGAGUGACAUUUACAAGAAGAAAACAGUAGAAUAAUACAGAUUUCAUAGAAUUAUUUUAAAAAUUUGACUUCAAAAUAAUGUGUAUGUACUGAAUUAAAUAUACUUAUAGUUGUCUGCUUAAAAUAAAAGAUUUGUAUUUUCAGUUACGAUGCAAACGCACCCACGACAUCUUCUUUUCUCUGUAACAUAUUUUAGAACUAUUCCAGUCUUAUGAGAGUAUGUGCUGAUGUUAUGUGUGAGGAGCAGACUGUCACCUGUAUUCAGGAGAUACUAUUAAAACACCUGUUUCAAUAGACACCACAUCUGACAGCAUUUCUCAUCCAGAAUUCAAGUAGGUUAUGUCAUUUGGGUUGGCUCUAAUGUGUCAUCUGUAAUUUAAGGGACAGUGUCAAGUUACAGUUGUUUUUGAAAAGUUAUGAAUCUUCCAGCUAGCAUAUUUUUCAGAAAUGUAUAUUUUAAUUAUCUGUAUGAUGGCGUUGAAAUUGUAUAUAUGACGAUGUUGGGAUCUGGAUUGUACUUCGUGUAGGAUUUCUGAACAGGAAUACCAAACUCCAUUUUAGUUGCUGUUUUGAUUAUUGUCACAAAGUAAUAUAGGAAUGUGCAAGUUUAGUUAAUACUUUUGAUUCAGUGUUGUUUCUUUAGAAUGUUUUAAUUAGUCUUAAUUAGUCUUAAUUUUUAACCUUGUGUCAUGUCAUCUGCCUCUUAGAAUGAUAAAUUUUGUAUUAAAUUACAUUGCAAGCAUGUUCAGAAUAUCUUUAUUACUUGAUCUUAAGACACAUUCAUUGUUUGACACACUUGAUUCAGUAAUAGGUUUUCAUGGAAAAAAUACAUAUUGUUGCAGUGGGAAUUGUUAAUGUUCAAACAUAAAACUUCUUUGUAUUAAUACUUUCACAAUCUUCUUUACUACUGUCUUUGUGUUUACUGUCUCAUGACUAGUGUUAUGGACAUUAAGAUUUUCCUUGCACUCCACAUAACAACAUAAUUUUUCAACAUUGAUUCACAGAUUCUAUCAAAUGUAAGAUGCACACCAGUUUCAGAAUUUUUAAAAUGUGAAGAAGUGUCUUAAAAUCAAGGAAUGUGUAUUUAAUAAGUUUACAAACCAUGAAAUGUAUGUUUGAGUUUCAAGAAAUUGGUUUUGAAUUGUGUGUAGUUAAUAUAAAGACACACAGUCAUAGUGUAUUUAAAAUGUCUCCUCAGUUUAAUUUUUCAUAUUCUUUCAGGGUGAAUUAUUCAUUACAAACUUUGGCUUUUUAAGUGCUUGGAAUGAAAUCCAUUUCAGGUGAGUGAAGUUAUUGCCAGUGGCCCAACUUUCUACAGUGCAUCCUGUCAUUUCAAAAAUUGUGUUUCUGUUGGAUGAUAUAGACAUUCUUUUGUCUUUUUUUUUUGUCUCCCUAUCCCUCUGCCCCCUCCUUAAAAAUUUCUCUCACUGAUGUAGCAAAUUUAGAAAAUGUUCUUGUGCUGGCAUUUUGGCAGUGUUUAUCGAUAAUUACCCAUAAUUAGGUGCUGUUUCACACCACUUGUUAUGAAUGAACCAUAUUGUGUUCUGAAUUGAUUCCAAUGAUAAUUAUGAAUUGACAUGUGGUUACUUGCACAUUCUUAAAUAUAUUGAAUCAUAUAUGAUUGAAAGUGAUAUUUCUAAUAUGUUUGAAUAAAGAGAAUAAAAAUAAAAAUA